CAUGCAGAAUACUGACAAUUACACAAGCAGUUCAUCAUCGAAAACAGAUGAGUUACUUAGUAACAAUUCAUUUAUGCUGAAAGUUUCUAAAAGUUAUCAAAUAACUAUGAAAGCAGAAUCGCAUGGAUUGCUUAUCAUAUGGUUAAAAUUCUCACAUAAAUCUGUGCAAUUAUUUGAAAGAAAAUUGAAGGCCUAUAUCAAAACUAUGUCUGUUAAGGAAGAUGCUCUCAAUUUUAAUCUUGGAAUGAAAGUUCUAGCCAAAUAUUCCGAUAAAUUAUAUUAUAGAGCUCUUAUUGUAGCUUUGACAAAAAGUAGAGCAACUGUAUUCUUUAUCGAUAAAGGAAAAUUUUUAACAGUACCUAUUGCCGAUUUGACUGAAUUACCGAAACAGUUUUCUCAAAUGCCGUGUUUAGUAUUCCCAGCAACCUACGGAUAUAAAUUCUUUGAUUGUAAUAAAGUUUGUCAGCUUCUUAGAAAUUACUGUAUAGAUAAGAAAUUGAAAUUGUUUGCAAGAGUAAAGAGUAUUAAGGAGACAAUUGCUGUUAUUGAAACAUACUGGAAAACUUCUAAUGGAGAAGAAAUCAAAUUGUUAGAUAAAUUAUCAAAUGUUACAAGUCAUUUACCAUGUGAAAUAGAUGAUAUACAAACCAUAAUGAAACAUAAAUACGAACAAUCAUUAGAAGCAAUCAAACAAGAUGAUAAGCAAAAUUUAACGUAUAUGGAUUGGAGGAAAUUUUUUGCAAACAUUAUGAAAAGACCAAUAAUGUUAGGAAGGGGAAGAGUGCAGUUAAAGAAAAAACAAUUUUCUAAUGGUAAAACUAAAGAUGAAGAUACAGCUGAUCGAACUGCAAUAGAGAAAAAUUUACAUUUUACUGAGUAUAAACAAAUCAAUUCUGGUAAAAAGUUAUUUAAAGAUUUAGUUUCGAGUGUCGUUCCUAUUGAGAAAAAAGAUUAUGUCAAUAGUUGGAUGAAUGAUGAUAUUAAAGCUUUCGACGAAGUUAAUGGUUUAGAUUAUGAUAAGGAAAGUUUAAACAAUCAGAAAGUUACUUGGAAUAAAAGAAUAGAAGGUCUUCAAAAACCGACAAUUGCUGAAUUACAGUUUAGGCAACAAUUAGAAUCUUUUAUAAUAACUCCAAAAUAUGUUGAAGAUUUUUGUCAUAAUAAUAUUCUUACAUGCUUAAUAUCGUCGGUUCAGUUGCCAAAUAUAAUUUGGUGCCAAACGACUGGUGGCCAUUAUAACAAGAUUCUUGAAGCCCUUAAGCAGGAUCAACUAAAAUCGCCUUUAAACUUGCUUAAUUAUGUAACACCAAAGAAGGGCACUAUACUUGGCGUUACAUUUUGCGACGAGCUAUACCGCAUCAAAAUUUUUCACAAGGUUAAACAAGGCUUUUUAAAAGUUCUCUUUAUUGAUUGGGGAUGUGAAGAGGUUGUUAACCCUAAAAAUUGUUUUCUGUUAAGUAUAGAAACAGCCAGCCUACCAGCACUGGCUUUUCCCAUUUCUGUAAAUAAUAUAACACUUUCGGAAGAAAGUAAAGAAUUUUUAGAAGGCUUGGACAAAUCUUGCGCCGCUAUCGAAAUUGUUAAAACUAAUUUUAGUCCUACAGUUGAAAAUCCUCUACUGGUCGAAUUCUGUGUUAAGACUAUUGAUGAUGAUUCGAGUUCGUUUAAGCCUUUAGAAGAAUUAUUGGUUGAAAAUGGUUUUAUUACAAAAAAAACAUCAGCGAUCGACGAAUGGGAAGCAGAUGUUAUGUCAGAUGAAUUUCAUUCAUUAAAAAAUUCAUAUGAAGUUGAUAUCGAUAAUCCAUCAACAGUCCUAUAUAAUCAUAGUACCAACAAACAUUCCCAAGCUUGUAUUCAAUUUACAAAGAGGGGCUGGUGUCCUAGAGGUCAAUUUUGUAAAUUUGAACAUGAAAAAAUGCAUUCAACCUUUACCUCAGACGUUAAAGUUAUUCAGCAACCUACUUGGAAACAUAAAACGGCGAAUAGAGUAUUCAUCGUUUACGUAACUGCUUAUUCAUCGCCAUCUAGGAUGUUUCUAAAGAUACUGGACUUGAAAGGAGUUCAGAAUAACGAUUCUUCGCGACUAUUUAAAACUUUAUCAGAAUUGGAACACAAAAUAAGAAAUACGUUGCAAAAACGGAAGAAUACGCUAGAAUUAUUGACUACCGGAGAAUAUGUUGCCUUUGAUAGUAAAACUUUAAGCAGACCGAUUAGGGGCCUAGUUGUUGGAAUAUCAGAUUAUUUGGGAAGUAAAGGUCAAUGUGAAACAUAUGAGUUUAAAAUUUUUGCCAUUGAUUACGGAUUUGAAGAAUGCGUAGAUGAAAGGAACAUUUUUCCUUUAAACGACCAAUUUAUUCACUUUCCACCCUCGUGCAUCGAGGCUUCUCUCAAAGUACGAAGUAAGAAUGGUAAAUGGUCGUCUACAGAUAAAGAUUUACUGCAGAACCGUUUAAAAUCAAGUGGACCACACUUAAUUGAAAUUUGCGAGAAGAUAUGCAAUAAAUAUUACAUUGAAAUGUUUGAUGGAAGAGACGGAAUGGAUAUGAAAAAAUGGUGUUUACUAAAUUUAAAUGCAUAUAUGCUGUAG